AUGAAGCCACAUUCUGGACACUGGAAACGAGCUGUGGCGGCUGGAGUAGACGCGGAUGAUGAUGUUGAAGAUGAUGCCAUUCUUUUAGAGGCAGAAAAUAUCGAUGGCGCAUUGGGUGAAUGGGAAGUAUUUGCUGCUGACAAUGAAUCUUCCUUCGACUUGCCAGUUGUGAACUGGGAAGAUGUUGGAGUUGAAGAACAUGGCGAGGACUUGACUGAGUAUGAUCCUGAAGAUGACGAACUGAUAUUUGCUUCACUGGGAGACAAUUUCUUUGAAGGAGGUUCGUCAUACGAUGGAGAUUCAUAUGUUCAAGGCAUGUCUUUCAACUUCGAAGAUAGAUUCCCCCAAUGUGAAAUGGACGGGCUUGUAGCUUUCAUCCACAACCAGAUGAAAGUUCUUGCGACUGAAAUAAACAAGGAGGUUACCACGGACACAAACAUUCUCAAACUUGGACUAAGGAUUUUGGCCAAACCCCUUAGAAAUAUUGCAUAUCUCUCGCGUCUUUUUGUAAUAUCAGAUCUCACUGGCGUGCGUAUAUCUAUUAUAAUCUAUAUUGGUAGCAUAUUCGAAAUAUACGGUAGAGACAUCUAUCUUGGCAGCACAGUUGAACAAGAUGCCUUGAAAGAGAAUCAAGUCGCACAUCAAGAGAAUCAAGCUGGGUUAUAUUGUAAAAAGUGCUUUAGCCGAUCAUUAACUUGCAAGCGACACGAACGAACUCACAUAGGAGUGAAGCCGUAUACAUGCAAGCAUUGUAAAAAGAGCUUUAUUCAGUCCUCAACUUGCAAGCGACACGAACGAACUCACACAGGAGAGAAGCCGUAUACCUGCAAGUAUUGUAAAAAGUGCUUUAACCAGUCAUCAGAUUGCAAGCAACCUGAACGAACUCACACGGGAGUGAAGCCGUAUACAUGCAAGCAUUGUAAAAAGAGCUUUAUUCAGUCAUCAACUUGCAAGCGACAUGAAAGAACUCAUACAGGAGAGAAGCCGUAUACAUGCAAAUAUUGUAAAAAGUGCUUUAGCCAAUUAGGAAAUUGCAAGCAACAUGGGUUAUUUGCAUGUAAUGGCAGUUUGUUUAUUCUUGGGUGUAAACACACUAGCCUCCAAUUUGGGCGAAAAUAUGUGUCUGUCCGUACGUAUUCUGCAAGGGGAAAAGCUCUUGGUACCAAGGAAUAUACGGUAGAGACAUCAGUCUUGAUGGAAAAGCUGACAACGUGCUUUGAAAGGGAAUCAAGUCGACUGUCUGGAUUAGCAAAGAAACAAGCUGGACUUAUCGGCUUAAAGGACCACGAACUAACUCCCACAGUAGUGAAGCCGUAUUCAUGCCAGCAUUGUAAAAAGUGCUUUAGUCGGUCAUCAGAUUGCAAGACACAUGAACGAACUCACACAGGAGAGAAACCGUAUACAUGCAAGUUUUGUGAAAAGUGCUUUAGCCGGUCGUCACAUUGCAACCAACAUGAACGAACUCACACUGGAGAGAAGACGUAUUUAUGCAAGCAUUGUAAUAACGGCUUUAGCCAAUUAGCAAGUUGCAAGUAACAUGCACCCAUUGUAAAAAGUGCUUUAACAACUCAUCACAUUGCAAGCAACAUGAGCGAACUCAAACUGGAGUGAAGCCGCAUUCCUGCACGCAUUCUAAAAAGUGCUUUAACAACUCAUCCCAUUGCAAGCAACAUGAACGAACUCACACUGAAGUGAAGCCGCAUUCAUGCACGCAUUGUAAAAAGUGCUUUAACAACUCAUCCCAUUGCAAGCAACAUGAACGAACUCACACUGGAGUGAA